CCUCGCUCUCGCCGAGCCCGCCUCUGGGUUGAAGGAACUGGAAUUAUCCCUGGCAGGAGAUGAGCCCGGCUAUCCCGCAGCAGUCGGGCUGUGAGAGGGUGGAGGGCGCCUGCACUUGCCCCCGGCGGUUUUGAGCGGAGUUUGACGGGAUCUCGGUACAGUCCGCCGCCCGGGGCUGAUCCGACUGCGUAGGAGCAGGUGAGCGGCUGCGGAACGUAAACCAGUGGGUGGUGGGAAGAUGAGGGUCACCGGCUUUCGGCCGCUCGCCUCGCUGCUGCUGCUGCUGCUGCUCUGGCUGCUGGGUGACUACGGCACGUUGUCGGCGGUGGGGAGACGGAGGCAGCUGAGACCCGCCGGCGGAGCUCGCAGGACUCCCCGGCCGGAGGGUCCCGCGAUCGGACGCAGGACUACGCGACAUGGAGACCAUAGCAGGUCACUGGCUGCGCGGAGCCGAAACCCCGGCAUCGCCGUCAGAAGGUCCCGCCCGGGGAUGGUCCGAGACACGAGCAGAGCGGCACGGAGCCGGGUGGCUCGCGUCCCCGCUUUGGGCGCCCCCAGCCUGCUCUCCGAGAUGGUGGGCAAGCAACGGCUGUGGGUCAUCUCGGCUCCCCACCCCUCGGACGGUUACUACAGGCUCAUGCUCAGCCUCCUCAAGGACGACAUCUACUGCGAGCUGGCGGAGAGGCACGUCACCCAGCUGGUGCUUUUCCACCAGGAGGGCGAGGUGGCCGGAAAAGUCAGGAAGAUCAGCAGCGAGGGUAGGAUCCUGGAGGACUCCCUGGACGCAAAGACCGUUCUCAAACUUCUGGACUUCCUGAAACUGGAGCGAGGUAAAUUUAGCAUGGUCUUGCUGAAGAAGAAUCUGCAGCUGGAAGAAACAUACCCUUACCCAGUGAGACUGGAGGCAAUGUACGAAGUCAUUGACCAGGGUCCCAUUCGGAAAAUCGAGAAGCUGAGGCAGAAAGGCUUUGUACAGAAGUGUAAGGAAGCUGGCGUAGAAGGGCAGGUGGUUGGAGCUGAUGAAGGAGGGAGGAAGAAAACGGAGCAGCCCAGGCCAACACCAAAGAGCCAGAAUACUGAGGUGACAGUUCCAAAGGCUACUAAAGAAAGAAUGCCAGAGAAAAAGAAAAAGCCUACAGUGAGGAGGCCCAUCAGGAUAUCACUAAACACGCAUGGGGGUUCUAAAAUGGUUAGGAUGACUGCUGUGCCCAGAACCGCUCCCACAACUACCAGCACCACCAAAAAGACUAUCACAACUACUGCUGCUCCCACCACUGUGCCUUUCACUGAGAAACAAUCCUUCACUAGAUCUCAUGUAGUAUUCUCCCCCUCCCCGCCGAGAUUUCACAAGCCUGCACCAGUUGCUGAAAUUCCUUCAAAAUCUACAACUGAGGCUGACUCACACAGAGAUGGGAAUCUUCCUGGUGGCAGCAAACCACCUCAGAAGCCCCACCAAGGAACAACAACCGCGAGGCCAGGUUAUACAAAAGUACAGGCCACGAGACAGAAGUACAGUGAGACAGACAAAAAAGAGGGGAGUUACCACCAGAAGGGUGUGUCAGUGGGACCUGGCCAGCGCAAGCCUACCAAAGUGAAGCCACCAAAAUCAAAAGCUACAAAUAAUAAAAUCCUAACAAAUGAAUACGAGGAUAAAUAUCAUCCUGAGAAAGUCCCACCCUCAAACACCAGGCAAAUCCUCGAAGGGGAACGUGGUCCUCAAAAAGGCACGAAGGAGCGGAAAAAAACUAACAAACCAGUCAAAACUGAAAAGAAGAAGAAGCCUGUGAAGAAUAAAAAAACAGGGAAGAAAGACAAACUCUCACUGAAAACUAAGCCUGCGAAGGAAAUUAGUCACAAUAAUAAAAAACCCAAGAAGGCCAUCAAGAAAGGGGUAUUUAAACAACCUAAGAAGAUUCCAGGAACAACAAAGUCACUGGCAACUGUUCUCAGCUACUAUGAAAAUAGGCGACGACUAGUACUUAUCACCUCUCCAAAUGAGCAAAACAACAUGUACGAACAGCAGCGAGAUGAAUAUUUAGAGCACGUCUGUGAAAUGGCAUUAAGAAAAAUUUCAAUUAUCACCAUUUUCGGGCCUUUGAGUAACAGCACGAUUAAAAUUGAUCAUUACCAAAUGGAUAACGAAAAGCCAGUGAAAGAUAUAAGGUACAAUAACCUGGAUCAAGAUAUCAUCACUGAACUUCGCAAGGAAUAUGGAUUAUCUGAAAAUGAGUUCUUCAUGGUACUAACUGAUUUAGACAUGAAAGUCAAGCAAAACUAUGAAGUACCAAUUGCAAUGCAGUCUGUCUUUGAUUUGAUUGACACAUUUACAACAAGGAUCACAGAGAUGGAGAAACAGAAGAAAGAAGGACUACAAUGCAAGAGAGAAGACAGACCAGGAUCACUAGAAAAUUUCUUGUCUAGGUUCCGUUGGAGGAGACGUUUAUUCAUUAUUUCUACUCCGAAUGAUGAAGAAUGGGCUUAUCAACAUCAGCUUUAUGCCUUAAAUUCACAAGCUUGCAACCUGGGUUUACGUCAUUUGGCCAUUUUGAAGUUGAUGGGUGUGGGUACUGAUGUUGGAGGAGUUUUGGAACUCUAUCCAAUUAAUGGAACUUCGUCUGUUGAUCGUGAAGAUCUCUCACCAUCCUUGGUAAAAGACCUAAGGAAUUAUUUCCAAGUGAGCCCAGAGUAUUUCUCAAUGCUCCUGGUUGGUAAGGAUGGAAAUGUCAAGUCGUGGUAUCCAACCCCAAUGUGGAAUAUGGCCAUUGUGUAUGACCUCGUUGACUCCAUGCAACUUCGCCGACAGGAAAUGGCCAUUCAGCAAUCUUUGGGUAUGCGUUGCCCAGAGGAUGAAUAUGGAUAUGGAUACCAUGGUUACCAAGAUGGUUAUCAUCGACAGGGUCACUAUGGUGGAUACCCUUAUUAAAAAAGGGUGGCAUUUUGGAUCUAAAUGCCGCAUAUUCCAUGGACUAAGUUUCGUAAAAAAUCCAAUAUAUCACAUUUGAUACCGAUUGGAGUUUUGUUUUAUAUAAUUACUGAACAAACUCCAUCAUAACCAUCAGGGAAAAUGUUAAUUUUCAAUUAUAUUUUGGAUAUAUUGAAAGACUAAUCUCUAAAUUCUGUUGAUUCAAAGAACAAAUAGUAGUUGUCAGCCUUUUUGCAAGAAAUAUUUUAUAGCUGGUACUUAACAUGGAAAGUAUGUAUAUCCAUAAUUAGAGAUGUUUUGUUUGUGCUACGUAUUUAUUAUGUAUUAAAGAGAGAAAGAUUUGCAUCAGCUUUAAGGAAUCAAAUAGAAAUAGCUGGUCUCCUACUGUACAGAUUAUACAUAAUCAGAAACAUUCCACUGAAUUUUCAGUGUGUGUCAACUGAGAUGUAUUUACAUGGACGCAAAAACUUAAAACAAGAAUUCUGCAAACAUGAAACUAGUCUGAGUAACAACUGCUUAAGGUGUUACUUGAUUGCACUCGGAACAUGCAUAGCAUUUCAAAUAUAGAUUUGGAUACUACAUACAGAUCAUCUAUGAUGAAUAUACUUAUCAAAGAGAAAAAAUGUGCCUGCACUAUGAAAGUAUUCAUACAUUCAAUUUGUAAGGCUCUAAGGAUGACAUACUCUUGGCUCUGCAUUAUGUCUAGUGCACAUUUACAAAGAAGGGCCUAUACAAAGCUUGAACUGCAAACAAUGUACUGCCUACAGACUUAUUUUUCAGAUUAAACUACGCUGUGGGCUGUAUGAUAGAACUACAGGAAACUGCACCAGCCUUUUUCUUUGACAUAGGAGAUAGAUCAUAAAACAAAAUAUGCCAUAAUACACAUCAGUUCAGGCAGCAUUUGUGGAAGUAGAAUGACACAUAACAUUUCAAAUCAUUUUGAUUUGAAGAUUAAAUCUGCAUUUCACUUUCCACAGAUGCUGCAAAAUGCACUGAACAUUUUGAGCAAUGUUAUUUUUCUUUCAGAUUGCUACGGUUCUGAAAAAAGAUUACCUGCCUUAAUACCACUUCUGUUUUUUGGGGCCUUACUGUUCACAAUUAAACUGCCAUAUUAUUCACAAUA